UCAAUCGAAAAUUAACUGGCUGAGUGCGGUCCUGUACAUUGUUGAUGUUUACUCUAACCUCUAAUAAUAAACUGUGAUUGGGGCUGUUUUAUUGUCAUCAGCUCUACUAAUAAAGCACUAGAGCCUUAAAUACAGCUGAAUAAAUACGCAGACCUUCAAUAAAAUAGCUAUAAAGGCCCGAUUGUCCUUAAAAAAGACCUCCUUGACAGCCGCAGGAAAAUUGUCUACCCAGCUAGCAGUUUUACUCAGUUCUGUCAAUUUUCCCGAGGAAAAUCGCCAUGUUGACAACGUUCGGUGCUUUCCACAAAAAGUCUUGUUUCUCGUGGAAUAAAUGGGCAUGAAAUUUCGGCGGUUUUCAGUCUGGCAAGCAUAGAUAGAACCAUAAGUCUGAUGAUGUUUCGAGCUGAUUUAGUGAUUGUGUGAAAACAGCGUUUUCAGAAUGACCUCCGAAGUGAUGGAAAAUGACAACAAAACCCUGGACUCAGGUACCUUAACCGAUCUGUUUGUGAACUUGCAAAAAUCCUCAGCCCUUCUGAGCACUGAGGAAGAGCAGACCUUCCUUAAUGGGCUGUUGCAAUCGAAAGAACUGAACGCCCUGGUGAACAUCCACAGCAAAAUCCUCAGCAAUGUCGAGCGCAAAAGGUUCUUUCCUGUUCCGGCUUUGUCUGAUGGGAUGCAAGUGCUUGCUGAUGUCCUCGAGUUGAUCUAUCAGCAGCCACGUAGAAGCAGCGACUGUCAAGAGUUGUUCCUGAUGCUUCAGAAGCCGCAUCUCCAGGGAUUGCUGUGUGCGCACGAUGCAAUCGCUCAGAAGGACUAUUAUCCGCGUUUGCCCGAUAUUCCUGUGGAGGAUGACGAAGAGGAGCAAACCAUCAAAGUCGUGCAGUUAGUGAAGAGCAAUGAACCAUUGACUGGUACGCAAAGCGCUGAACCGAUCGUCGGCGCCACGAUCAAAACUGAUGAACUAACAGGGAAAAUCGUGAUCGCCAGAGUGAUGCAUGGAGGCGCCGCAGAUCGAUCAGGAUUGAUUCAUGUAGGAGAUGAAGUGGUCGAGGUGAAUGCCAUUAGUGUGGAAGGCAAAGAACCCAACGACGUUCUGGACAUUUUGCAAAGUUCCGAAGGAACCAUUACCUUCAAGUUGGUGCCUGCUGAGUGUACCAUGAACGUGAGGGAAAGCAAAGUGAGAGUAAGGGCGCAUUUUGACUACGACAGUUCCACAGACCCUUACAUACCGUGCAAGGAAGCCGGCCUGGACUUUAAAAAAGGCGAUGUGCUUCACAUCGUCUGCCAGGACGAUCAAUAUUGGUGGCAAGCUCGGAAAGAGGGCGAUAAGCAUAUGCGGGCCGGGCUUAUUCCGAGCAGGGCCUUACAAGAGAAGCGAAUCGUGCAUGAUAGAGGAAUGAAAAAGGACGAGGAUGAAGGACUAUGUUUCGUUCCAGUAGUGGCUGAAGAGGGCUUAAGCUGUAGUCCUGAACCUGUUCGGUGUCUGUUAGGGGCCGACAACAAAAAUAAAACUAAAAAAAUAAUUUACGAUACAGCGGAGAAUGACGACUUUGAUCGCGAAUUGAUCGCCACUUAUGAAGAAGUCGCGAAACUGUACCCCAGACCGAGUGUCUUUAGGCCUAUUGUAUUGAUUGGACCCCCUGGAGUUGGACGAAAUGAGCUGAAACGUCGUCUAAUCGACACUGAUCCCGUAAAGUUCCAAACGCCCACGCCCUUUACCAGCAGGAGUAUGAAACCUGGUGAAGUUGACGGCAAAGAGUAUUUCUUUGUUACGCGGCAGCAAAUGGAGCGCGAUAUUGACGAAGGGAAAUUUAUCGAAUUUGGAGAAUACAAGGGCAAUUUGUAUGGAACCAGCACUUCGAGCGUCGAGGCAAUAGUCCACGCAGGCCUGGUGUGCAUUCUGAACCCGCAUUACCAAGCGCUGAAGAUGCUCAGAACUCCACUUCUGAAGCCUUACAUUAUAUACAUAAGCCCGCCUAGUUUGGACGUUCUGAAGCAGACCAGAAUGGCCCAUCACGCGCGCAGUACCUUCGAUGUUAAUAACUCCAGAGGAUUUACGGAGGAUGAGUUUCAGGACAUGAUUCGACACUCCGAACGAAUAAAGUUCCUGUACGAUCACUUCUUCGAUGAAACUAUCGUAAACGCCGAUCUGGCGGAUGCUUUUAGCAAAUUGCUAGCCGCAGUUAAUCGAGUGGAAAGCGAACCUUUGUGGGUUCCCGCAUCGUGGGUGCAGUAAAAGCGAGAAAACUGGCAUUUAUGUAGAAAAAGUCCCAUAGUUUUGUGAUUGAAUUCCUUCUAGGUCUUAGCGAGCAUCAUUAAUUAAAGCAAAAGGCAUGAUUCUCAGUGUAAAUACGGUUUAGCUGUUGGAAAUCUUCGAAGCUUAACCAAAUUUUGAUGAAGGCGUUAACAAAGUUUCUAGUCAUCCAGUUUAUCGGAAAGUAAAUCACUGCCAUUUAUAAGUAGAGCAUGUUUUGCUGGUUUUGUUACAUUUUCGGCAAUUGUAACACUUCAAUUAGCUUUGAUUCACUUAGAUUAGGGAAAACGUACGAUAAUAACAACAUUUUUUCCGCUCAGAAAGUUACUUUUGUUCAUUUGAACUUGCUAUAGAAGCCUUGUAGGAACGUAUAUUUAUCGCUAUUUUAGAUAUUUUUUUCAUUAGUGUUUUAUGGAACAAAUCACGCCAGUUCACGUGUGUGUACACUUUGCUGGUUAUGCCUGUUACAUUGUUGUAAUGAAUUUUUGUAUACCUACUACCUUUGUUAAUACAUAAAUAAAAUUGUUUAAUUUUA